UGCAUCCUGGUGGCCUCGGAGCCUGACUGCCCCGUGCCUCCAAGCGGAGGCCAUAGGAAGUCUUUCCUGGCCUCACCUCUCCGGAUCCGUGGCUCCAGGAGGGUGCCGUGCGCUGCAGGGAUCCCGGUAUCCCUAGGAUUCCAUUUGUCAACUCUCAAGCUUUCAAAGAAUGCUGUGAACAACUGUCAGAGUUGUUUUUCAAGAGGGAGAAAGGGUUGUGGCUUCUUCCUGGGAACAGAGACUUCUCCAGUUGGUUUCAAUGCCUAACGUUGCAGAAGCCGGAAGAUCCAAUGAUCCUGGACAUGGUGAGCACAAAUCUGAGAGCAGGUACCCAGAAGAGAGUCUACAAGGUGCUGUACAAUCUUUCUGCCCAAGUGCCUCAGGAGCACCUUUGGGUCCUAAAAGAGACAGUCAUUAUCCAUGGAGUUGUCCAGUAACACAUACUCGGGAAAAAAUUUAUGCCAUCUGUUCAGACUAUGCCUUCCUCAACCAGGCAACCUCAAUCUAUAAAACUCCAAACCCAGCCCGCUCUCCUUGCCUCCCCGACAGUACCUCACUGUCUGCUGGAAAUAAUUCAUCAAGAUACAUUGGUAUCCCAACUAAUGCUUCAGAAAUAAUCUACAAUGAAGAAAAUAACUUAGAAAACUUAUCUGCCAGCUUGGGCAAGCUACCUCUUGCAUGGGAAAUUGAUAAAUCUGAAUUUGAUGGGGUGACCACAAAUUUGAAACACAAAUCAGGCAGUGUGAAGAAACAAGUUUCCAAGAAAAAAACUUCAGAUAAGAAAGGAAGACACCAGAGGGAGUGUCCCCAACACUCUCCUCUUGAGGAUGUUAAACAGCGCAAAGUACUAGACCUCAGACGAUGGUACUGCAUAAGCCGACCACAGUAUAAGACUUCAUGUGGCAUCUCCUCCUUAAUUUCUUGUUGGAAUUUCCUAUACAGCACAAUGGGAGCCGGGAAUCUCCCACCUAUUACCCAAGAAGAGGCUUUACAUAUUUUGGGCUUUCAACCCCCAUUUGAAGAUAUUAGGUUUGGCCCUUUCACUGGAAAUACAACACUCAUGAGAUGGUUUAGACAAAUUAAUGACCACUUCCAUGUAAAAGGAUGCUCCUAUGUUCUCUAUAAGCCCCAUGGGAAGAACAAAACAGCUGGAGAGACAGCUUCUGGCGCCUUGUCAAAAUUAACCCGUGGAUUGAAAGACGAGUCACUGGCUUACAUCUAUCACUGCCAGAAUCAUUAUUUUUGUCCAAUUGGUUUUGAAGCAACACCUGUUAAAGCUAACAAGGCAUUCAGGGGCCCACUCUCGCCACAGGAAGUAGAAUACUGGAUUUUAAUUGGAGAGUCAAGCAGAAAACAUCCUGCAAUUCACUGUAAAAAAUGGGCAGAUAUCGUCACUGAUCUAAACACUCAAAAUCCAGAAUACCUAGAUAUCCGACACUUAGAGAGAGGGCUGCAGUUUCGAAAAACAAAGAAGGUUGGAGGAAAUCUGCAUUGCAUCAUAGCAUUCCAGAGACUCAGUUGGCAAAGAUUUGACCUUUGGAACUUUCCAUUUGGAACCAUUAGACAAGAAUCACAACCUCCCACACAUGCCCAGGGAAUUGCCAAAUCUGAGAGUGAAGACAACAUCUCCAAGAAGCAGCAUGGGCGUCUGGGCAGGUCCUUCAGCGCUAGCUUCCACCAGGACUCAGCUUGGAAAAAGAUGUCGAGCAUCCACGAGAGGAGGAACAGUGGCUACCACGGCUACAGUGAUUACAGUGGCAAUGACUGACCAUGCUGGGAACCGCACCAUGGGUCACCCACACAGCUGUCAUGUAUAGGACGUCAUUAAGACAGCAGACGGUUUUAUUAAGACUAUUAAUAGGAACAUAUCUUGUGGUACAAAGCAUAACCUUGUAGUUCUCUAGCAAAUAAGCUUAUAUAUGAUUAUGUUGGGUGAUUUUCAAAUACAUAAGCAGAUAAGCACAGAUUAUUGCCCUUUUAAAGUUAAAAGUAUAUAAACAAUCUGGACAGAAAGUUUCACAAAAUCCAAUAAAAUCACAGUUGCAUCUAAACAGAAACACAGAUGCACUUAACGGCAUCAGGAUUUGAGUACUUAAGCAUGAAGUGAUUUUUUGAAACUUGAUCCCUAGUCAUUUAUUACAGAUAAUUUUAUUCCUAAAAAUUAAGAUGCAAGGCACCAUCUGCCCUUAAAAACAGGAGUGCUGUCAAGUUCUAGUUUUUGAUAAUGGUUAAAGAUCAUUUAAAAUUCUUUUGUCAGUCUAGUAUCUUUCAAGUCUAGGAUGCCUUUCCUGCCUCUUUUGUUUCCUGAAUAACUGUCUCAGGAUUUGCAAUAAAGAGGCAGAAAGGACUAAAGAAACUGAUCUUUCUUACUGGUGCAUGUGGAUGACUUACAGCAUUGAUCUGGAUAUUCUUGACUUGGUAUGUUAACUGUGCCAUAGCUACAAAGAAGCUUAGGUCUUGAAAGAGUCUAGUCCAGAACAAACCUUGUUUCAGGGAUAAGUUAAAGAAUAAUUGGCAUCAGAAAUCUCUAUACCCAAGGUAAUCUGCAGUGAUACCCAUUUGAUGGAGUCGUGUUAAAGUACUAAAGACACAUCAGGAAUGUCCAGUUCACUCUGAGGACAACUCUGUAUUCUAAACUCUGAGUUGUUUCUUUUUGUGAACAUGUGGGCAGUUAGCUGUUUGAAGCGUGUUAAGUAUUUCAGAAGUGUGGGCCCGGUACUUGAGCUCCUUUCUUCUGCUGUCAGUUUUUCUUCUGCCACCGUGUGACCCACAGACUUCAGGCAUCUCAUUCUUUCAUGUAAGGGGUUCAUUCCAGGACUCAGUUUGGUGACGCAGUGAUCACAAGGUGCUGAGUGUGUUGGCACCCAUACUGUAAUACACCUCAAGGAGAGGGUUCAGAUUUUUAUUUUUAAAAUAUUUUCAUUUUUCUCUUGAAUUUUAUAUCCAUUUAUCCACUCAUAUAUGUCUAGCUUACAGAAAGGGAUAUAUAUUAUGAAAUGGUCAUUUUUUUCUGAAGAGAUUAUUUUACUUGAAAUGCAAAGGACUGAAAGAGAUUUGUAGGUUGUCGAUUUUUGUUACUUCAUACUGGAACUUUUAAAACGUUU